GCGCGGGGCGGCCCCGGCUGCGCGGGCGGCGCCCUGAGGCUGCUGUCGCCGCCGCCCGACCCCGCUCCCCGCCGGGCAGCACCGACAUCCGGCGCGAGGCCCGGGCGUCCCGCGCGCUCCGUGCGGGCCGCGCUGCUCUUCGCGCUCGGCUGCGCGUUCCUGGCGGCGGCCGCCGGCGCGCCCCGCUGCAGCCGGAGGGGCAGCGGCCUGUCGCAGGAGCCCGGCAGCGUGGGGCAGCUGGCCCUGGCCUGCGCCGAGGGUGCGGUCGAGUGGCUGUACCCGGCCGGGGCGCUGCGCCUCAGCCUGGGCGGCCCCGGCCCGGGUUUUGCCUGCCUGCGGCCGGCCCGGCCAUUCGCGGGCGCCCAGGUCUUCGCGGAACGCGGGGGCGGCACCCUGGAGUUGCUGCUGGCCGAGGGUGCGGGCCCGGCCGGCAGCCGCUGCGUGCGCUGGGACCCCCGCGAGCGUCGGGCCCUCUUCCUGCAGGCCACCCCGCACCGCGACGUCAGCCUCCGCGUGGCCGCUUUCCGCUUGGAGCUGCGCGGGGGCGCGCGCCCAGAGCUGCCUCCCAGGCCCUCAGCCCUGGCGUGGACAGUGAGGGCUGCGCUGGUCAGGGGCCGGCAGGGAGUGAGCACAGACGGGGCGGGACACACCUUGCGCUACCUGGACCCUGUCCACCCAGUGCCCACCACUGGCCCCCGUGUCUCCCCAGUGAUCCGGGGGAGCAUCCGCGGGGUCGCCCACGACACGGAGCUGCAGGAGUCUGGCAUCACCAUGGCAGCCGCCCACGUCCUCCGCGAGACACUGCCCCAGCUCGGGGUGGGGGGCCCGGGGCUGGCCUGCAUCCAGCCCCUGCGCUGCGGCAUCCGCCCCGGCCCCAGCCCCUUCCUCUUCUUGGGCUGCAGCCGCUUCGGGGAGACCUGGCUGGGCUGCGCCCCCCACCUGCAGGAGUUGUUCCGAGCCCACGCGGCCACCUGUGCCGCCCACCUCCUCCCCUGCAGGCUGGUGCUGGACUGAGGGGCUGGGGUGGGGUGGGGCCACAUCCUGGCACCCCUGCUUCUGAGGCGGGGCCAUCAUGAAGAGCGAGGAUUACAUUGGCUGCCGUGCACCUGGUGUCCUGCCCUGGGCC